AUCUCUGUCUCUCAGUAGCAAUCCAGUGUUGAUGGCGUGUAGGAGUAUGGCGCUUUCGUCAAAACUUUGGCGACUAAAUCACCACCCAAAACCACCCUCACUUCCUCUCUCUCUCACUUCUCUCAGACCACUCCGAACCUCGACCUCGUUUCUUCCGACCUUUUCUCCUCUCAAUUCCUUGUCGGCUCGCUUUUCCAUGUCGCCAAAUUCCGCCGCCAAACAAGACCUCGUCGUCCUCGGCAUCGAAACCAGCUGCGACGAUACCGCCGCUGCCGUCGUUAGAAGUAGCGGUGAAAUUCUGAGCCAGGUCGUCUCUUCUCAGGCAGAUUUGCUUGCUCGAUAUGGAGGUGUUGCUCCCAAAAUGGCAGAAGAAGCACAUUCUCAAGUGAUUGAUCAGGUUGUGCAAGAAGCACUUGAGAAAGCUAAUUUGUCUGAGAGAGAUCUAUCUGCAGUUGCUGUUACUAUUGGUCCUGGUUUAAGCCUUUGUCUUCGGGUUGGUGUGCGGAAAGCUCGUAAAGUCGCUGGUACCUUUAAUCUACCAAUCAUUGGUGUCCAUCACAUGGAAGCUCAUGCUCUGGUAGCCAGAUUAACUGAGCAGGACUUGCAAUUUCCUUUCAUGGCUUUGCUUAUUUCAGGAGGACACAAUCUACUCAUCCUUGCUCACGAUCUUGGUCAGUAUCUACAACUUGGGACCACAAUAGAUGAUGCAAUUGGAGAGGCAUAUGACAAGACUGCAAAAUGGCUUGGUCUUGACAUGAGGAGAAGUGGCGGGCCAGCUAUAGAGGAGCUUGCUCUGGAGGGAGAUGCAGAAUCAAUCAAAUUCUCUAUUCCAAUGAAGCAACAUAAAGAUUGCAAUUUUUCUUAUGCUGGUCUGAAGACUCAAGUGAGGCUGGCGAUUGAAUCCCGAAAUGUUAAUGCAGCAAUUCCUAUUUCUUCUGCAAGUAGCGACGAUAGACGCUGUCGAGCUGAUAUUGCUGCCUCCUUUCAGCGAGUUGCGGUAUUACAUCUCGAGGAACGAUGCCACCGAGCAAUUGAAUGGGCUUUAAAGAUUGAACCUUCUAUAAAAUAUUUGGUAGUUUCUGGAGGCGUUGCAUCGAAUAAGUAUGUUCGGGCUCGACUUGAUCAUGUUGUCAAGAAGAACAACUUGCAUCUUGUGUGUCCACCUCCCAGCCUUUGUACUGACAAUGGUGUAAUGGUGGCUUGGACCGGUAUUGAGCAGUUUCGCGUGGGAAGAUUUGAUCCACCACCACCUGCGGAAGAACCUGAAGAUUUUGUGUAUGAUUUGAGGCCAAGGUGGCCAUUGGGAGAGGAACAUGCCGAGGGAAGAAGUGAAGCUCGCUCCUUGAGAACAGCGCGAAUCCAUCCAUCUCUGACAUCACUCGUUCAAGCAUCUCUACAACAGCAAUCAUAGCUUGCAACGUGAGGAUGAUCUUAAGCGGUUUCAUUUCUUGUACGAAGAUGGUCUUCGAUGUUAGAAUAAUCAACCUUAGCCUUAGUUCAAGCGACAACUGCAAAGUGAAGCCAAUUUGAAGAAAAUUCUUGUCGCAAGCAUAACAAGCCUUCUUGAUUGUCACAGGGAAAGCAAUCUAGAGAGGAGCUCCGGCCAUAAUAAUACACGUAAAAGGAAGUUGAUGUUGGUUCUAACCAGUUCAUGCAUUAUGCCUAAAAUCAGUUUUCUUUACCAUCUUAUUUGCUUUUAUAGAAAAGCCUAGAGAGAAUAUUCUCGGACUUACCCGAGAAAAAUUCUCGAACUUAUCUCUAGAGUACAUGAGUAUGAAUUUUUAUCUCGUUAUCUAA